AGCUCGCCACGCCUCGCCUCGUUUUUUCUCAAUAGUUGUCAGAGCCUCUGGUCACUCACUAGUCGUCGUGAGGCAUCUUCCACUCCCUUUUUUUCUCUCUCUGUCCUCCACCUUCUCAGGCUCCAGCAUCCUUUUUGCAAAGGCUGAGCAAACCGUGGACGGCGAAGCAGUUCGUAUAUUCGAGGUCGUUUGAGCUCUGCAUUAUCCGCCUGAGUGAGGCAGGAAAACCAACGCAAGUCUUUUCUCAAGUUCUCGACUCAAACUCCGACCAUGUCCGGCGAAGACGCACCUGCCCAGCAGCAAAACGCCGAGGAGCAGAAGCAGCAGCAGCAGCAGCAGCAGGAGGAAACCAAGACGCCCGCCGAGUCUCCAAAAACCGAGAGCAAACCCGACCCACCUCCCACCAGCGCGUCCACCGAGGCCGCCGCCGACACCCCAGCACCCGCCGCGGAGAAAGCCCCAGAGGAAGACACGUUCAGCUACCGGGCUCUGGUGCUCACCGGCUACGGCGGGUAUGAUAAGGUGAAGCUCCAAGUGAAGAAGGGGAAGCCGGCUCUCAAGAGCGGCGAGGUGAUGGUGCGCGUGAAAAUGUGCGGGCUGAACUUCGCAGAUCUGAUGGCGAGACAGGGACUGUACGACCGGCUCCCGUCCCCGCCGGUAACCCCGGGCAUGGAGUGCUCCGGGAUCAUCGAGGCUGUCGCUGAAGACGUGACUGACAGAAAAGUGGGUGAUAAGGUCCUGGUUCUGAACCGGAGUGGCAUGUGGCAGGAAGUAGUAGUGGUGGCGACCACACACACCUUCCUGAUGCCAGAGGGCAUGAGCUUUGAGGAGGCGGCGGCACUUCCUGUCAAUUACAUCACCGCCUACUUGAUGCUCUUUGACUUUGGGCACCUGCGUCCCAACCAGAGCGUACUCAUCCAUAUGGCUGCAGGUGGGGUGGGCAUCGCUGCCACUCAGUUGUGUAAAACGGUGAAUGAUGUCACAGUGUUUGGCACCGCCUCGGCCAGCAAGCACGAGGUCAUCAGCCAGGGCGGAGUCACACACCCCAUUGACUACAGGACACGAGAUUAUGUGGAGGAGAUCCGUAAAAUCAGCCCCAAAGGCUUGGAUAUUGUUCUGGAUCCUCUGGGAGGCUCGGACACCCAUAAGGGCUACAACCUACUGAAACCAAUGGGGAAGCUUGUCAGCUACGGUGCUGCUAACAUGUUAGCGGGUCAGAAGAAGAACCUGUUUGCGGUGGCCAAGACCUGGUACCAGCAGUUCUCCGUACACACCCUGAGCCUGAUCCAAGGGAACCGCUCGGUGUGUGGAUUUCACCUGGGGUACCUGGACUCAGAGACCGAGCUCAUCGCUCAGGCCAUGGCAGCCGUUAUGGACCUGUACAGACAGGAAAAGAUCAAGCCCCGAAUUGACUCCACCUACCACCUAGAACAGGUUGGUGAUGCCAUGCGUAGGAUGCAAGAGAGGAGCAACAUCGGUAAAAUCAUCCUCACCACCGAGCCCAUGAAGGAAGAGGAGAAGAAAGAGGAGGCCAAGAAAGAUGAGGAGAAGAAGAAAGAUGACAAGAAAAAGGAUGACAAGAAGAAGGACGACAAGAAGAAGGACGACACCAAGAAGGAGGAGAAAAAGGAGGAGAAGAAGAAGGAAGAGCCCAAGAAGGAUGACAAGAAAGCAGAAGAAAAGAAGGAAGAAGCCAAGAAAGAGGAGAACUGAGUGGAGAGAAACAUUGUGGAUGUGCUUUGUGUCUGUGUCAGCGGUUUGGGAGUGGUCUGAGUGUGUGUUAUAUGUGUGUGUGUGUGUGUGUGUGUGUGUGUAUGGAGGGGUGUAUAGUGUAAUUAGCUUAAGCCCAGGUGAUUCCUGACAUUAGACUUGCAUUUCUGCAAUCAUUCAAUCAACAGAAUUCACACACCAUUUACCUUCUCUCUCUCUCUCUCUCUCUCUCUCUCUCACUCACUCACUCACUCACUCACUCACUCACUCACUCACACACACACACACACACACACACUCACUUUAUACACCAAGGGAACACACCACUUUAUUGUUCCGUAGUAACCCGGUAGUAUUUAUUCCUGGUUCUGCUGCGUCCUUUCUAACUAUUUCGAAUGACUGGAUGCCACCGAGGCAUUUUAGGGCAGUAUUAUCCUUUUUAUAAAUAUCACCACAGUGUUUACUCAACCAACGUCUUUUAAUUAUAUAACAAAAUAACCUUAUUCUGCACCCUUUAAAAUCGUACUACCAUAUCCUCUAACGUUAUUCCUGCCAAACUAAUGCACUAUAAAAUUAUUGUAUACCACUGAAAUAUUCUUUUGUAGAUGCAAACCAAAAACCAUCUUGUUCACUCUCUACACCCCUCCGUGUGUUUGUGUAUCCGCCGUGAGAUUGGGUUUUCUGUUCCCUUUUCGUCUCUGUUCUGAAGUGGGUGCACUUGUUUGAUUGGCCAUACGUCAUCAAAAGUGACACAUUUUUUCUGCCCACCUUGGCACACAAAAACAAGAGCACCCACCUACACUCCCAUUGUUUAUGUUGUUUUCCCCUCAUUGGACUCGACUCACUGACAUGCACUCAAGCUCCACCCCCCGGAGGAGUCAGGGUGGUCUGGGAUUGGCAGAGAGGGACAACAAGCUUCUUUCAUGCGCACACAUGUGCACUGAACACAACGCUGACGUUACUCCAAAAACUAACAAGGGUGUUUUAGGCUUCAGCUGAUCAAUGUGCCAUGUCAUUAAAACAGGGCAAGAGCCAGGGUUUUAAUGAGUCUAGCUUGGUAAGCAGGACCAAUUAUAGAGAGCAUUCUCCCAGUCUUUUUCCCAUCGUUUCGCUUGUGUCAGAUGUGGACUCAUAAAGACAGGAGUGGCCUUUCAUUCCAGAACCUCCUCCAGGAUUCCUCAGGAUCCUGACGCUUUCCACCCCUCGUUCCCGUGACGGCUUUACCACACGAUCAUGCUGACCUGCAGUUCGCAUUUAAAUAUGAUCUCCACUCUGUCUGGCUUUUCUAACUCUGCUCUCUCUGUCUCUCUCUCUCUUACCGUUCACUUACCCUUUUCGUCUUUGUGGUUGGCAUAGCAACAGCAGUUAGGCUAGUUAGGGAUGACAGGUCUCACCCCCACAUCCCAGAUGGACACAAACAUACAACCACUCACAUCUCCACAGCAGCAGCUUUUAUACCAUAAACUUUGUGGUUUUAUUUUAAUGCAUUUAGGAAUGUGGCUACACCCUCUCUUAGACAUGUCAAUCAAACCCUCUGGCUCCUCCCCCUCCGGUUUUCAGAGAGCAGUAAUCUACUGCCUCCGCUGGUGAUUUAAAUGCAUUGCAGUGCUUUCAUUCAAGUAAUCAAGACACCCGCUGACCGCUCUUUCUUUUCACACUGUGAGUGUGGUUCAUUUCAGUGAGUAUUUAUGUAAAAACAAAACCAGAUCCCCUCUUUUAUAUGUGUGUGUGUGUGUGUGUGUGUGUGUGUGUGUGUGUGUGUGUGUGUGUGUGUGUGUGUGUGUGUGUGUGUGUGUGUGUGUGAGUAUGUGCGUUUCUGUAUUUGACUGUCUGUCCUCAGGUUUGUUGUCAGAUUUAGAUUCAAAUGUUAUUUCUUUCUGUCUCUCUACCUCCCCCAUGCUACCUUAUGCUACCGUCUGGCAUUUUAACUGUCUCCUUCUCUCCUCUUCUGUCAGUUUCUAACUCUCACCAUCACUCUUGAAUAUUCCGGCCCCCAUGAACAGCCUGCAUUGGUUUGCUAUCAUUUCCACUCAGCUUGCACUUAUAGGGAAUGGCGGUUCCACACCUGAUCCACCAUAUCUCUGAAUCCCAUCCGGGUUUUCACUCAGACCUUCCGUUUCAGUCACAUUCUCGUUCUCCCACCAACACACUCACUCUUUAUGCGCCUCUUAAACCAAGAAACAAGUGUUUGAACAUGCAUGGAGAUGCUCAGAAAGCCACAUUGUUUGAUGCAUGCUCGUGUUAACAUAAUCACUAUGAGUGCAGAUAACCGUUCAGGCCCAGAAUGCACUGGGGUGGGUGUGGAACAGUCAAACUAGUCUGAAGAGUCACCGUGUUUCAACUCUCUGAAUCCCAAUCUGGUUUUUAGCUCUGGAUCUGAGGGACUGAGUUUCAGUUUCUUGUUGUGUUCCGCUAGUUCUCUACCCCGUGUUCCUUUGGAUGGUGACUCUAACUAACACUUCAGUGAAAAAUAUCCGUCCUUUUUGUAUUUUGUUUGAAUCUUUUUUUUGUAUGUUUGUUUGUUUUUGUGGUCUUCAUUUCAGUAGUUUGAGUUCAAAAGGCUUAGCUGCAGUUCCUCUAAAAUGUGAUGAAUCGUGUGAUUUCGUUGGUCCUGACCGAGUGUGCCAAACUUUUUCUUGAAGGCAUGACCUUUGCUAUAACUGUGCUUACUGUACUGAAGAAGAAAAAAAAAAGCAAAGAAUGAAAGGUGAAGAAAAAAAACCUAACCGUCUGUGGUUUUGUCAAAAUGACCAGUAAAAGAUCUUGAGAUUCUGAAUUCGCUCCUGUCGUGUGUGGUCGACUUCGCCCUGAAUAUUAUUGGUGCUGACUGAUUUCCGGCUUUUUUUGUUUUCCGCUACUGUUCGAAUCCAUGCAAAACCUCUUGUUCUCACUGUGCUUCAGUCGUAGACCAACACCAGAUUGCCUCCACGCAUGUUUACAGACGAAUGCAUAUACACGCACGUAGACAGUAGUUUGUCCCCAAGGCCGUCUCAGCUCUGCUGUCCUGAUAGGCUGGAAUCUCAUUCCCACUGAUCUGAAACCCCCCAGAUCAGGUGUUCUGUUGUUUACGGAUGCACUUUUGUGUAUCAUGUAGGUGUUCGUUGGAAAUUACACGUAUUUUCCAACCUAUGACCAGAGGUAACCCCAAAAAAAAAAGAUCCAGCAGCAGUCAGAAAGAAAAAAUGAUUCAUGUCUGUGUAGUUUGCAAAGUUGUUUCUCAGUGAAUGUACAGAAAUUAAUCGCGAUCCUAAAAGGAUAGUUCACCUAAAAAUUAAAAUUUUCAUUUCAAAUCUGUGUGACUUCCUUUAUCUAUCUGUGAAGCAUAAAAGAAGAUAUUUUUCUCCAUGCAUUGGAAUUCAAUGGUAACCAAAACAGUUUUGUUACCAAUAUUCUUCAAAAUAUAUUCUUUUUGUGCAAAAGAAAGAGUCAUACAGGUUUGGAAUGACAUAAAGGUGAGUAAAUAAUCAUAGAAUUUUCAUUUUUGAGUGAACUAUGCUUUUAACAUCUAGUCCUAGAGCCCCGUUCAAAAGCAAACCCUGCUGUGUUUUCAUUUCCAGAUGAUCCAGCAGUGACAUUCCGGUUCUGGAACUCAUCUCGGCUGCUUAUGACAUCAGAGCGGCUGUCGGUUUGGUUUCCUCCCUAGUUCUGUCUGCAUUGGCUAACGUUAAGCACCGCUGGGUCCUUUCAGAGACCAUUCAGAGCACCCACACCCAAAAACAAUGACAUCUGGGCUGGAAAUGCUCCCUUUAAAUCUCUCAAGGUUUAGACAUUGUUACAGCAUGAUGGUUUGGAGUAUUCUUCCUCUUGCUUUUUUUUGGAGCUCACAACGGCUCCACAAUGAGCUCAGCUGCAGGUGUGAGUGUCUCUCGUGGAAAUGGAAUUGUGCGACUGGGAGCCAGAGAGAGGCUCGGGUCGAGCCAAGCUGCUUCCUUCCUCAGUCUCUCAAUCCAAUAGCUUUCCCAGAACAGGAAAUGCCCCUCAGGUUUGCGGAGAGCAGAAUUCCUGCUGCAAAUGCAACCUUAACCAGCGCUAAAUCGCAACAUGCCUAGACUUUAUUUACAAUAUUAGAUACACAAACGUAGUGCAGUUUGGUGUGCCUACAGUGGAAUGUAUUUAUUAAUUUAUGCAUCAAUGAAACCACUAAUGAAAUGAAGCUUUGAAAGGGUUUUAGCUCUGAAUUUAUACGGCAGAUGUAUUUGCCUUCUCUUUGUCUGGCACAUACGAGAAACAGCGAGUCAUUGUGGACUGUUUCCCACACAUGCUUAGCAUAACAGGUCUAUCUUUGUCUUGCAAAUCUACACUGCACACAUCUUGAUGCACUUUUUAUGUACAUUCAGAUGCAUACUUGUGCUAAUAAAGAUGCAUGGUGACUUUGCAGACUUUUAAGAAAGAUCUUGAGUCACGAAAGGCUCCGUUUGCACUCUGUGAAUUACAGUUCCAACUUUCCUGCUUGGCUUUUUGACUGAAGAGCCAAUCAGAGGCACCAGCUUGCAUUCCUGUUCACUGAUUGGUUCUAAAUUCAAACCCCGCCCCAUCCGUCGGCAUUAAUGCUCCUUCCCCCUCCACACACGUCAGAGAAGCACCAUGGGUUGUUUGUGUUGUUGUUGUUUGUUUCUCGAAACCCUCCAUCAAAACUUUCUUCAUUUAAUUUUUGAGAAUCUGAAGUGCUGCUGUUUCUGUGCUUGACUCUGGGUUGGUUGGACUGCGUGUGGUCAUGAGGACCGUAGAGUUCAUAACGCUUCUGUGUGUGAUGUGACCAUUUUGCCUUACAUGUUUUCCAGGACUAAUUAAAGAGCAUAACUAAAA